CCCUCGAGGCUCCGCACCCGCCCCGACCUCACCAAAUUCCUCACCAUGAUCAUCUUCCGCUGCUCUGCACAGCACGCAGCCGUCAACAGCGGCCAGUACGACUUUGCGGCCUGGAUGCCCAACACCCCCGGGACCCUUCGGCUGCCCCCCCCCGGCCCCGAGGACCCGGUGACCCCCGACACUUUUUUGGCCACUCUGCCGUCCCCAAAAGCCACCGGGGCGCUGCUGGCGCUGCUCAGCGUCGUCAGCUACGAAGUCGGAGAGAGGGUGAGCGGGGGGCGACCCCAAAAAGAGCCUGCAGGAACCGCCAUGGCCCUACAGGAACCCCAGCACCCUAUAGGACACUAUAGGACACUAUAGGACACUAUAGGACCCCCAUGGCCCCAAGGAACCCCGUGGGACCCCCAUGACCCCAGGGAACCCCCCCUAACCCCAUAGGAACCCCCAUGACCCUAAGGAACCCCGUGGGACCCACCGUAAUAGGAACCCCUUGUAACCCCAUAGGACCCUAUAGGACCCUAUAAGGCCCCCAUGGCCCCAAGGAACCCCCUGUAACCCCAUAGGAACCCUAUAGGACCCUAUAGGACCCUAUAGGACCCCCAUGGCCCCAAGGAACCCCUUGUAACCCCAUAGAAACCUCCAAUAACCCCAUAGGAACCCUAUAGGACCCUAUAGGACCCUACAGGACCCCCAUGGCCCCAAGGAACCCCCUGUAACCCCAUAGGAACCCCA